UGAUGAAUCAACUUUUUUUUUCUCGUGGUGUCUUGUACCUCUGCAGCAGACACCAUGAGCAAUGUAUUUAAAACAUCGAAUCAGAAUAAAACCAAACUAUCAAAUCGCAGUACAUCGUGAUGCAUAUAGAAUGGCAGUCACCGGAAGCUGGUGAGGGGAGGAUGACUCCUAAUUGCGGCAAUGGAGUGAAUGGAAUGGCAUCAAACACGUUUGAUACCAUAUCAAUAAGCUGUUCCAGCCAUUACUAUGAGCCCGUCCUCCCCAAUUAAUGUGCCACCAACCACCUGUGAUUACAAUACAUUGUAUUCCACCUAAGUAUUUUGAUAUCUUAUUGUGAGGUCCCUGGCAAUUCCCAGUCCUACUAUAGGGGUGUAUAUAGGGACUAUAUUGAAUCUGAUCUUUUGCCUUCCAAUUUAUACCGUACCACCUCCAUAUGUGGAUCUCAAUCCUGAUACAAACCCAAUCUGCCAUAUGCAACCUCUGAUUGGGCGCUGAGAUCUUUUUUAAAUUUUUUUUUUUACUGUUUUACAACUGCAGUGGUUUGGCCCUGCCCACUCCCUCUAAAAGUGCUUAGAGGUCACAGAGGUUCUGUCAAUGACGGACCGUUUUAGAGACAAGGCUCUAUAUCAUGUUCAGGGUAUGGGUCCAUUUCAUUUCUAAUGGAAACUCCCAUUCCUGAGCGGUUUCUCUGGUCAAUGCUUAUGGUGACUGGAGUUCAGUGUGGCUCAGUUGGUAAGCGCGUCGCAAUAGAAAUACCAAGAUAGUGAGUUCAAUUCCCAAAGGUAUUACAUAUAACGGUGCUUAAGUUAUGCACUCUGACACUGUGUUUUGUAUGUCCCCACUGUCAAGAGAAACUGUUUUCCUGGGGUAUAAAGGCCUGGGUCCUCUUCAAACAGGCCCACUGUAGCAAAGCGUUUAGCUAUGGAAGAUUGAAACUAAAACCUGUUCAUACUGGACAAGUUCAAGUAGCACUGUACCUCUGCUUUUUAAAACGUUUCUCCCUACUGAACAUGACCCAGCUCUGAAUUCUGCCAGAGCUCAAUAAAACCCACUACUCACUGAGGUGAAGAAAGAGUUAAUGAAAGAUGCAAGAACAGCAGGAGUAGGGACCGUUCUGUCUCUGAGCAUGUGCUGCUGUCCUGGCUGAUACUGCAGUGAAGGAAAAUGUGUCAAUUUUCAUUGGACAGUAGUCCCCUCCGGAAUGGUGAAUGAGCCUGUAACUGACGGUCAGACGAUGUCCUGUUUGCGGAUGGUGAUUCUUCACAUUGACCGUUGGUCCUGAGGUGCAUUCCCGUGGAAUCUACAACCGUGGGCGACAAUCUCCCGACCUACGCUUCUCCUCCACUAGAUAAAGAGCGAGGGGCGGUCACCAUGGUGUAACGGGUGUCGUUGAACUAGACCUACAGUAUGGCACGCCAAACCAACCAUUAGACCAAGAGGAAAUCCUCGUGGUCUGAGGGUGACAUUUGGGCCUCCGUCUCUCAGGCAGGACUGCCUUAUCACGAGGGCGUAAUUCCAAAUCGUGUCCACCGCAAUGGCAACCCCGGCACCCCCACCAGUGCCUCUGACGGUCCUGUCUCGCUGGUACCUGUACGCCAUCCACGGCUACUUCUGCGAGGUCAUGUUCACCGCCGCCUGGGAGUUCGUGGUCAACCGCAACUGGAAGUUUCCUGGUGUGACCAGUGUAUGGGCUCUGCUAAUCUACGGGACCUGCAUCCUCAUCGUGGAGCACAUGUACCUGGCCCUCCGAGCUCUCCGCUGCCCCGUGCUGCUGCGAUGCCUCAUCUAUACCCUAUGGACGUAUAUCUGGGAGUUCGGUACAGGGCUGUUGUUGACCCAGUUCGACGCCUGUCCCUGGGAUUAUUCCCAUUUUCAGUAUAACUUUAUGGGGUUGAUCACAGCGGAGUACGCCCUGCCCUGGUUUUGUGCAUCUUUCAUGACGGAGCGACUGGUUAUACGCAACACACUGCGGUUACGGAUGGACAGGGACAGGGUGGAAGGGGACCAGUCGGAUGAAGGCGGGGGAGGAGGAAGGAAAGUGUGGGGCGAACAAAGAGAAGCCAACUGCUAUCUUAAAUUGGACUGAUCAAAGAACAAGGGCAUUUCCUCAUUUGGGGAAAGUCCGUCCUCCACCCUCGCACCUCCGCCCUCUCUCUUCUGUGACCUGGAAACCAAUAAGUGGUCUCUUGGUCGAGGAGUGUGUCAACUUGUUAGUGGAAAAAUGGUAGCCUCCUUUUGGCAAGGAAGCACAAGUGUAUCAUACCUGAGUCCUUUGAGGAAGAGUUUUGAAAUCUGCCAUACCCGCUUUGAAUCAGCAAAAAGGAGAAAAUCAUACAAACAUUUAAAAACGAUAUGCUACUUAUCCUUUUAUCUACAAAAUGUCUUGCACGACUGGCUACAGUUGUUUUGAUCACUUUAUACAUUUAUUUGGGGAUUCCACCCUUUAAAAGUCAUUUGCUUGAUGACUCAUGAUUGGAGAAGGAGAGUCUCAUUUCACACAAGCCCAUUUUCAUCCACAUUCCCUCUCCUCGCCACCUCUCCACGAUUACCUUGAACCUUUUUUAAAAGGAGGCCAGAGAGGCUGGAGGAGGGAGGACACAGGAGUUGAGCAUAUCCAAUUGAGGAAAGGCCACUCAAUCUGAAUCACUCUGGAAUCACACUCAAGCACUAAAACAUUGUAUGGAAAUGUAUAACACAUUUUUUUUUAAACGAAAUACACAAGUACUGUAUUUCUGUAUAGCUUCAAAAGCAAUCUGAAUAAGGUGCAAUAUGCAAUAUGUUCAUAAUUGAUUGUCAUGGAGAAUGAUUUUCUACAGUUAGUGAUAACCCACAAUAUUUGGAAAUGCAAUGAGGGAGGUGUUUACCCCAAAGGUUCUGUAUGCACUGCAGUCUGUUUACUCAUAAGCUAUUUGCCUAUUGAGAAAUUAGGUCUCAGGUAACUUACUCAACAAAUUGUGUGCUAUUUCUACUGUAUAUCUGUUCGAAUCAGGAUUUCUGAUUUUCAUGUGAUGCAAUCAUUCACUAUUAGCCAAGGACGUUGUCACCACACUGAAAGAGCUGCUGCUGCCUUGUGGACUUGACAUGAUACUGCAUCUGAAAGUGUCAUCUGAAGUCUCAAAAAUAGACUGACAGGAGCUGUAUUCCUCCCAGAUAUCUCUUUGGUUUUUCACUAUUAAUGGCCCUUGCUUUAUGGCCUCUGGCACUGUUUUGAUGAUGCAAAAUAAUGUGGAUCUCAAACCACCGAGUGGAUUCAAACGCAAUACAUUAAAGGCCCAAUGCAGCCGUUUUUAUCUCAAUAUCAAAUCAUUUCUGUGUAACAAUUAAGUGCCCUACCGUGAUCGCUUUCAAUUAAAAUGGUCAAAAAGAAUCAAAACAAGCUUCUUAGUAAAGGAGUAAAGGGUCAAUUUCUCAAGCAAGAAUUUAGAUAGGACUGUAUGGGAGUGGUCUGAGUGAGGAGGGGAAAACUGAAAACUAGCUGUUAUUGGCAGAGAUUUGGAACUGUCUUUCUUAUUGGUUUAUUAACUAAUUUACCGCCUAGUGAUGUCACGAUGGAGGGCCAGAACUCUAUCCCACCAAAACAGACAAAAACUUCAGGCAGUCUUUUCAAGCAUAUCUUACACUAAAAGGGCAUUAUCAUAAUUUUCACAGUAUUAUUCCAGUCUCGUAGUGUGAAUAUAUAUAUAUAUAUAUAUAUAUAUAUAUAUAUAUAAAACACAGGAUAUCACAUUUUUGACUGCAUUGGGCCUUUCAGCAAUGAUUAUAUGAAUCCUUGACUCAACAUAGAAGUCUGUAGUUUGACUACCGUCUACCAGUAUAUAACUUUGUGCAGAUAAUGUCUUUAUUCAAAAAUGCACUGCUUUUAUUUCCAAAACGCCAUGUCCACCAAUUAUUCACAUUUGUGUUUUUUCAUCAGAAAUGAUUGCUUAUGGGUACGUUCAUGUGUGUGUAAAAUAUUACUGUUCUCAAAUGUUUUUAUUCAUAGAUUUGUGUAUGAUUUUUUUGUUUUGUUGCAAAACUCUAUACGGUGAGUGUUCAAAACAGCAUCACCUUCCUAAUAUUGAGUUGCACCCCCUUUUCCCCUCAGAACAGCCUCAAUUAUUUGGGGUAUGGACUCUACAAGGUGUUGAAAGCGUUAAAAAGGGAUG